AUGGCGUACGGUCUGGACCCUCUGGAAGCCUACAAUCGCUUCAAGGGUCGUAAAAUGUCGGUCAAUGACAAUGUGGACUCUCAUAUCGCCCUCCUCAGACACGACCUCGCCUGUUGUCUACCCACGGCUAGUCAGGAAGCCCUGUUGAAACUUCAACUCCUAAGUGGGCUCCCUUCCGGUUCCAAUGCUAAAGUUCAAGCAUUGGCUAAGGAGUCCGCCACCACUACCCUAAGCCAGCUUAUGGAGACGGUACGAGACCAGCUCAGGGCGUCUAGGAUUGACGAAGGAAGACCGUACGUGGGCGCAAUGAUGGCCAACUCCUCAACUAAGGGGAAAGGCAAAGGUCGCCGAGGAAAAGGCAAAGGUCGUGCAGUGCAGCAAGGAGGCUUUCGUGACUACACUACCAUCACUUGCUUUGGUUGUGGUCAAAGAGGCCACAUCCAACGCCUCUGUCCGCGGCGUCAGAGCAGGCCCGAACGAGAGAUCACUCCACCGGGAAACGGGGAGGCGGUGUCUCCGCAGCAGUAG